AUGGCUCUCGACACCGAGUUACUUUACCGAUCCACUGAAUCGCUUGUCUUGCCGACUGGUCGGCGCUUCUUCCCGUUCAAGAUCCCCAAUUCACACCACCAGCUCCGUCACUAUAUCAGCACGGCUGAUCCGGAUCGGAUAUAUGUCGCCGUCGGGAGAAUAAUAUACGCCAUCCAUAUCUCGUCGCAGAAGAGGGAGAUCCUCACCAUCGUUCCCUUCGAUCCGAAAUGUCUGACUGCCGGAAACGGUUGGAUUGGCGUAGGCGGGACCGAGAGCGGGGAUUGCGCCUUUAUCAAGCUGGAUGCGGCAGCGACCCUUCAGUUGCCCGGAACAGCCGCACCGGGCUCCCCUGUCGGCGUUGACUCCCCGCUUCCUCUCGAUCUAGAUACGCCUAUACCGCGGAGAACUCUCCCUUAUCCCCCUAAUGUCAAUGUGCGCGAACUUGGGGGCAGUAUCGUCAAUUCCGUGACCCUUCACCGGCUCCCAUCGGAUGGAGAUUUGUUUCUCGAGGAGGAUAUUGCGGUCUUGAGUAAUAAUGAUACGACCGUGAGCAUAUUCUCACUUCCCCGGAUGGAAGUUAUCGAAACCAUUCGUCACCCCGUAUGCAUGAACUUUGCCAUCAUCUCUCCUGAUUCAAGACUGCUUGCAGCAGUAGGCGACGAGAAUAGGAUAUACUUCUACCGGGUCAUACCUUCUCCCGACAAGCAAACGGCCGUUUCGACUGAUGGGGAUAAACUACUUCGGGAAUGGAACUGGCCGCUGCUUCGAAGCGUUGAAUUAGACUCAGAUCCUAAUUACGACGACAGAUGCUGCUUCACCAUUGCUUUUUCGCCCUCUAGCCACUUAUGUGCUGUUGCUUCACAGGCUGGCGUGAUAACAGUGUUUAGCGUUGAGGGCAUAUUCAGGCCCGACCUCACUGGAAGAACCGGACGAGAAGACAUCCUUUAUGUCUUUAGGUCUUCUCGAUCGUGCUUCGAUGGCGGUGCUAUCCGCUGUAUGACCUUUUCACCUGAACCCUGGGAUCUCUUGGUCUGGGUUGAAGACCAUGGUCGUGCCGGCGUGGCUGACGUCCGUCAGGCCUUUUCACGGCGUCAAAUUAUCAGUCUCGAUAUAGACGAUCCAGAACUAGAGCGCAUUAAAACUGACAACCUCGACAAACCGGAGCCAGAAGACGAUCUACUUAGUAGGCCAGAGUCUGCAGCAUAUCAUGCCCAGGCACACAGGCUGCUUGAAGUUGAUGACCCUGUUCAGCGCGCCCUGGACUCUAACCGAUACAGGCGUAGAAGAACCUCAGCUGAGACAGAAAGCCAAAUCAUGCGCGAAAGUUUGGCUCGCGAUCUCACCGCAAGGGAGAGACAGAUUAUUGAUUUCCUAAAUACAGCUCGUUGGGCGUCAUCUAUUGAAGAAGGUCCCCAGCGACUUCCACAUUUACUUAGCCCCUUACCUUACUCUAGUUCACCCGCAUACCAACGGGCCUCAAACCAAACGUCCGAUUCACCACCACCCCCGCCGCCGCCAUUCCCUCCUCCAGAUCAUUAUCUCACCCGCCAAGACUCGUCUCGCAACCCAGAUAGGCCGCGAAUUGGGGCUCCUCGAAGACGGAGCUCCAUUGUGUUGUCCCAGGAUAGUCCAGGCCGCGCAAACGUACACACGUCUUCUUCUGCGUUAAUCCCUCAUCCAGGAAUUUCGCUGAGAUGGCCCUAUUCACCGAACCAACUGCCUGCGCCGGGUGAUGACCCGGAAAACUUGAGUAUGGACGACGAGUUCCCCCAUAUAGCCUCCCCAAACCAAGAUGGUGUUCAGACCGGUCCAUCCAGCUCUAGCUAUCGUGGCUCCAGAGGACAGCACCCAGAAGAUGCACCAUCCGGUAGCCGCCCGACCGUAGGUCAACGCCAGCGUCUUACACGGUCACGGUCAAUACCCCGUCGCGCCGAUAGGGCUCCUCGGGUUCCCGGCGAACGUCCAGAGCCGCGAAAUCCAACGGACUCGGAACUGAGAUCCACACUGGCUCAGGAGCGCCUACGAGCGCAACGACAAGUUGCCGUGGAAGAGAGCCAGCGCUUGGGCGAAUGGGAACAACAAUACCGACGUGUCCUGGAGCUCGACAACAUUCGAUCAAACCCUAGAGUCCGGAAUCUACCAGGCGAAAUAUACGGGAACCGAGAAUCCGGGUGGGGUGUCGGAACGGCCGGUGUUGGAUGGAGUGGUGACGGUCGAACACUGUGA